AUGAAGACUCCUUUUGAGAGCACUUCUUUGGUUUCUGGACAAGUCAUACCGCCUGUCAAACGUGGUCAUCGACUAUGGCGCAAAUCACUUCUCACUUGCGUAUUUCUGGCAGCCAUUAUUCUGAUCGUCAAUCUCAGCCUCGUGGGUUGGGCAAGCCAUCUUGAAAUGACAGAAGAUGGGAGCUACAUUGCUAUGCGAGGAAGCUGCAACAAUGUCAGCAAAGCUAGUUUGUCCUCACACUUGGUCAUUAACAUCCUCUCCACUCUGCUGCUCGGCGCCUCAAAUUACUGCAUGCAAAUCGCCAUUGCCCCUUCAAGGAACGACCUCGAUGAAGCUCAUAGCAAAGGCCGCUGGUUUGAUAUUGGUGUUCCGUCGAUCCGAAAUCUUCGAUGUGUUUCCAAAUGGCGAAAGCUAGUUUGGAUACUACUAUGUCUCAGCUCACUUCCGCUGCAUCUGUUCUACAACAGUAUCGUGUUUACCAGCCAAGUCACCACCGAAUACAUUGUGUCUGAGCUGGACGGAUCUUUCCUCUUCACAAGGGCUGACACUAAUCUCACCAACCUUUCCAUUUCAAACGCCGAAGGAGCUCGCCCAGGGCUCGAUAGAUCCAGGGUAGAAGAUAUCUUCGGCCGGAUGUUGACCGAAUCAGCAACUCAAUGGGACAAUUUGAGCUCGGCAGAUUGUGCCCAUCUGUACACGAACACUAUGAUGACUACCCACCGCACCUUGGUACUUGUGGCUCCAACUUCAACAGACUACGACAGACUGCCCGGUAAGUGGCGUCUGACUGGAAACUAUGUCUGGAUGUGUGAUCAGCCAGGGAAGAAAUAUCACGAAAAAGACAAAAACGAUGCAAAUGGAGUAGCUGAAAAUAUAUGUCGUCCGUCCAAAGCGAAGUUCGGACUGCGAGACAGUUCAAUCCCACCAGCAGAAACAGAGUACUGCCUCGCGGAGCCAUUCUUAGAAGACUGCAAACUUGAAAUUAGUGUGACCAUUCUGGCUGUGGUGAUUGUUGCAAACGCAGUCAAAGUAGCCGCUAUGAUUACGCUAUUUUUCCAAGUCGGAAAGCCAUCCCUGAUCACAAUUGGAGACGCCAUUGCCUCUUUCCUCGAACGGCAUGAUGGCCAUACUCGAAACCUCAGCACACGCGACUUUUCUUUCUUCAAGAAGCCUUGGCCAGCGCUCGAUCAACGAUGUCCGGUCCCAUGGUCUAGACGCCACCACCGACGCAAGGAUGCAAUCAGCACUCGUCGCUUCAUAAAUUCCUACGCCCUAUUCACACUCGCUAUUUGUAUCGUUAUUCUCCUCCUCACAAUGGCACUGCGAGCCGACGCCGCUCGUGGAACACCGAUCUUCACAAGCCUACUUUCCAAAAAUCAUUUUGCGAUUAUCGGCUUCGAGUCUCUCGCCGGAGCCUCCCUCCUAGAUAUCGUCCUGCUAGUCAACACACCCCAACUGAUUGUCUCAAUGUUAUACUUCCUCUUCAACUCAAUGAUCACAGCAUACGUCCAAGCUGCAGAAUGGAACGCUAUCUCUCGAGCACCUCAAAAGCUCCGCGUCAGUAAGCCCAUUGGGUCGCAAGUCUCAACGUACUGGCUCUCUCUUCCUCCUGUUUACGGAGUUCCAAUGUUGAUAUUCAGUGCUAUGCUGCACUGGCUCAUUUCACAGGCUAUCUUCCUCUCUAAGAUCGAGUUCCAGGACUUCAAUGGUGGGCGAAGCGAGAGAUUCGGUGGCGCGGGGUAUGGAAAUAUGUAUGGAGACCAUCCAGGCAAGAUGUUGGCCGCGGGAUACUCAUCGUUAGGCAUACUGUUGGCGUUGAUACUAGGCGCAGUGGGAAUUUUGGCGCUGACUGCAGUUGGAUGCCUAAGGUUGAAAGGGGACAUGGUCCUCGUGGGGAGCUGCUCAGCAGCAAUUGCUGCUAGCUGUCGGGAGGUGGGGUAUGGGGUGGAUUAUGCAGAGUCUAUUUGGACGAGUGAGAUAUCAUGGGGCGAGCUCGACCACCAUAGACUGAAGAUGCUGGGGUUCAGCAGCGACGGACACCUCAGGCCUCCACGGAAUGGUCAGGAGUAUUCGUGA